GCUGGCUGGGCUCCCAGCACCGAGUUCGCCCUCCCUCUAGCGUCGGCCAGGAGCAGCGCGGGUCCUCGACUCACUGCCGGGCCCGGCGCCUAGCGACUGGCGACGCGCGGAGGUGGCUGCGGGGAGGUGCAGGAGGCGGGCUUGCGCAGGCUGCGUCGUCCCGGAGCCGCCCCGGCUAGGCCGCGGAGGGCGGGCGUGAUGGCCGAGGCCCCGGCAUGCGAUGGCGCGCAGUCAGCGGCGGCUGCAAAGGCUCCGACGUCGGCGUCGGACGCCGCCGAGGUCGCCUCCAAGUCGCCGGGGCCCGAGGACUACAGGGCCAAGUGCGUGUUCUGCCGGAUCGCGGCGCGGCAGGAGCCCGCCACCGAGCUCCUGCAUUGCGAGAAUGAAGACCUAGUUUGCUUUAGAGAUAUUAAACCAGCAGCACCUCAUCAUUAUCUCGUGGUGCCAAAGAAGCAUAUUGAAAACUGCAAAGAACUAAGAAAAGAUCAAGUAAAACUAGUUGAGGACAUGGUAACUGUUGGAAAAACCAUUCUUGAAAAGAAUAAUUUCACCAACUUUGAAAAUGUGAGAAUGGGCUUCCACCUGCCACCUUUCUGUUCUAUUUCCCACUUGCAUCUUCAUGUUCUGGCACCAGCAGAUCAGCUGGGCUUUGUAUCAAGAUUGGUUUAUAGAAUGAACUCCUAUUGGUUUAUUACAGUUGAUCAUUUGAUUGAAAAACUAAGAACAUGAAAAUGUCCACAAGUGGAAGAUUUUCCUAAACUUGGCUCAACAUAAACUAAUAUUUGCUUUCUUGGAAGUCUAAUUAUAAGUUUUGUUGGGUUUUAUAAAAAGUUAUUAGUGGUAGCCUUAAAUCUUUUCUGAAUGUCUGUUUCCUGAAAUCUGUAAUACAGUUACAUGAAUUCACUGUCAUUGACUUCUGUGUCUUCAUGGUUUUUUGUCUAGGGUAUAAGAUUCUAUAGAAAAAUCCCAUUAAAACAAAUUCUGUACAUCAAGAAGGGCUCUGUAUUUUUUUUUUAAGUUCAAAUAUUUUUAUUUCUUAGUAUGUAGGUAAUUAUAAUAAUGAUUUAUUCAUGAAGAAUUAAUUAUAUAAAGUAUCUUGCUGAAGCUUUUAUUAUAAAGGAUAAACAUAAAAUAGUUUAUGAUUUUGCACAUAAAAUUUUAAGAUAAAGAGUACUAUAUACUGUAUACUACUGUUUACUAUAUAGUGAUCUCUGAUCUUAUUGAUGGAAAGAAUUCUAGAUGUAUCAUUUUUUGCUGAGAUCUCAGAUGCCGGCUUUCACGACUGGAAUAAAUAUGAUUUCAUUUGUUCAUUUAUUCAUUCAGAAAUCAUUUGCUGAACAUUUAAAGUCUACAAACCUCUGCCAAAGUUAGGAAAUACUGAAGUAAGAAAGGACAGUUUUUCAUUUGCUAGUACAAGGAUCUUACAGAACUAGUGAUUACAUUUAAUGUGUUCAGCAAUAUAAUAUCCUCCGAAGGGUUGUGGAGUGGGAAGUUCUUUGAGAAUGGCAAUAGAAUUUUAUUCAAGGCUUAUUAUUUGGUAGGCAGACAAUGGAAGUGUAGUCAAGAAACCCACAUUUUUUUUUUUUUUGAAUUUUGUUUCUAUUGUUUGCAACAGGAAGUCCAUUUACUAGAGGUGGCAAGAGGAAUUUGGGAUAGUAAAGGGCUCUCAAAAUUAGCUUAGAAGUUUUUAUGCAUUUGAUAGUUAAGUAGUUUACCAAGCAAUUGUAGAAUAGCAAUUAAAGUUUCUGUGAAUCAGUUAAAAUAAUGGCCAGCUUCAGAAAAUUUUAACAUGUUGUAUUAUGUGAACUUGUAGGGAUGUAAUUGACACUACUAUGAUGACAAUAUGAGGUAUUUAAGGAAUUCUGUGAUGCCUUACAGAGCUCUUCAAAAAUGAAAUUAGCCAAUUUACUUAAUUUAUAUAUAAGUUUAUGCCCUCACACAGUAAAUUUUUCUUUGCUG